UCGAUUAAAAACAACAAAUGAAAGAAAACAUAUAAAAAAUUAAAUUAAAAUCGAGUAAAAUAAAAGUCGUCUCCAGCUAGUCCGGAUGGCUUUUGCCAAUUUCUGUUCCUCAGUCCUCUCUUUCUCUCUCUCGAUCGAACGAGAUAUUUCAUUUCUUCCGUUUCUUUUAAAUUCUAUUUCGAAAUUUCCAAUUUUUUUCACUACCUCAUUUUCUUCUUAAAAAAUUUUGUUUUUUUAAAUGCCGGAUCGAUUUCUCCGUUGCCUUUGAAAGAAAAGAGAGAAAGAUCUGGAAAAUUGAGAAGCAGAUCCAAAAGGAAGAAGAGGUGGAUCUGAUCGAUAAAGUGGAAUGGCAAUGCACGGGAUGAGAGGGCUGUCGAUUUUCAUAAGCGACAUUCGAAAUUGCCAGAACAAAGAGCAAGAGCGCUUACGUGUCGAUAAAGAGCUCGGCAACGUCCGUACUCGCUUCAAAAAUGAAAAGGGGUUGACACCAUAUGAGAAGAAGAAAUAUGUUUGGAAAAUGCUUUAUAUUUACAUGCUGGGUUAUGACGUUGAUUUUGGUCAUAUGGAAGCUGUGUCCUUGAUAUCUGCACCAAAGUAUCCAGAAAAGCAGGUUGGGAAUAUUGGUGGGACGGAAUUUGCUGAAUCUUUGGCACCUGAUGUUCAAAAGUUACUUCUUUCUAGCAGCUGCAGACCACUUGUACGAAAAAAAGCUGCAUUAUGUUUGCUGCGGUUGUACAGGAAAAACCCUGAUGUUGUCAAUGUUGAUGGCUGGGCGGAUCGGAUGGCUCAACUUUUAGAUGAGCGUGAUCUUGGUGUUUUGACAUCUUCUAUGAGCCUUCUUGUUGCUUUAGUAUCAAAUAAUCAUGAAGCAUAUUGGACUUGCCUUCCAAAGUGUGUUAAAAUAUUGGAGCGCCUUGCGAGGAACCAAGAUGUUCCACAGGAAUAUACUUACUAUGGUAUCCCGUCUCCCUGGCUUCAGGUUAAGUCAAUGAGGGUUCUCCAGUAUUUUCCUACCAUUGAAGACCCGAAUACCAGAAGAACAUUGUUUGAGGUCUUACAAAGGAUGUUAAUGGGAACUGAUGUUGUGAAAAACGUUAAUAAGAAUAAUGCAUCACAUGCUGUCCUCUUUGAAGCCCUUGCUUUUGUCAUGCAUCUUGAUGCAGAAAAGGAGAUGAUGUCUCAGUGUGUUGCACUUCUUGGGAAAUUCAUUGCUGUUCGUGAACCAAAUAUUAGAUAUCUUGGUUUGGAAAACAUGACUAGGAUGCUAAUGGUUACUGAUGUGCAAGAGAUUAUCAAAAGACAUCAGGCUCAGAUCAUUACAUCAUUGAAGGACCCUGAUAUCAGUAUCCGUAGGCGCGCUCUUGAUUUGCUUUAUGGUAUGUGUGAUGUAACAAAUGCAAAGGACAUUGUUGAAGAACUAUUGCAGUAUCUGAGCUCAGCUGAUUUCACAAUGCGUGAGGAAUUAUCACUUAAGGCUGCCAUUCUUGCUGAGAAGUUUGCUCCUGAUCUGUCAUGGUAUGUGGAUGUUAUCCUUCAGUUGAUUGAUAAAGCAGGAGAUUUUAUUAGCAAUGACGUAUGGUUCCGUGUUGUGCAGUUUGUUACUAACAAUGAUGACCUACAGCCUUAUGCAGCUGCAAAGGUGAAAGAGUAUCUGGACAAGCCUGCUGUCCAUGAGACCAUGGUCAAGGUCAGUGCUUACAUUCUUGGAGAAUACAGCCAUCUUCUGGCUAGACGGACUGGGUGUAGUCCAAAAGAAAUCUUUAGCAUCCUACAUGAGAAGCUUCCUACAGUAUCGACUACCACCAUUCCUAUUCUUUUAUCAGCUUAUGCUAAAAUUUUAAUGCACACUCAGCCACCAGAUCAAGAACUGCAAAAUCAGAUUUGGGCAAUAUUCAAUAAAUAUGAGAGUUGCAUUGAUGCUGAGAUACAACAACGAGCUGUUGAAUAUUUUGCAUUGAGUCGGAAAGGUGCUGCUCUAAUGGAUAUAUUGGCUGAAAUGCCUAAAUUUCCUGAGCGUCAGUCUUCAUUGAUCAAAAAGGCAGAAGAUUCUGAGGUUGACACUGCAGAGCAAAGUGCUAUCAAGUUGCGUGCUCAACAGCAAACAUCAAAUGCUUUAGUUGUAACUGACCAGCGCCCUGCUAAUGGGGCAACACCAUCAGUACCUGUCAGCCAGCUUAGUCUCGUAAAGGUGCCCAGCAUGAUAAGUGCUGAGGAUCAUACUUCAACAAACCAAGCUCUGUCUGAAGAAAAUGGGACUUUACGCAAGGUAGAUCCACAACCUCCUUCAGCAGAUCUCCUUGGUGAUCUUUUGGGUCCACUGGCUAUUGAAGGCCCACCUGGUGCUACUGUCCGAUCUGAGCACAAUGCAGUCUCUAGAUUGGAAGGUGGUCUGGAUGCAGUGGAUGGUUCAGCCAUCGUGCCUGUAGAAGAGCAGACAAAUACAGUUCAGCCAAUAGGAAAUAUUGCUGAAAGAUUUCAUGCUUUAUGCCUGAAAGAUAGCGGUGUUUUAUACGAGGAUCCUUACAUUCAGAUUGGUAUUAAAGCAGAGUGGCGAGCUCAUCAUGGAUGUCUUGUUCUUUUCUUGGGAAACAAGAAUACAGCUCCUCUCAUUUCAGUUCAGGCUCUAAUAUUGCCCCCUGCUCAUCUGAAGAUGGAGCUUUCGUUAGUGCCUGACACAAUACCUCCUCGAGCACAGGUUCAAUGUCCACUUGAGGUAGUAAAUCUUUGGCCAAGCCGGGAUGUAGCUGUUCUCGACUUCUCCUACAAGUUUGGAACCUAUAUGGCUAAUGUCAAGCUUCGCCUUCCUGCUGUUUUGAAUAAAUUUCUUCAGCCUAUACCUGUGUCCGCCGAGGAGUUUUUCCCCCAAUGGAGAUCACUUUCAGGACCACCAUUGAAGCUUCAAGAAGUUGUUAGAGGUGUAAGACCUAUGCCUCUUCCAGAAAUGGCAAAUCUACUCUACAGUUUCUGGUUAAUGAUUUGUCCAGGGCUUGAUCCAAAUCCUAAUAAUCUAGUUGCAAGCACAACCUUCUACUCAGAGAAUACACGUGCCAUGCUCUGCCUGAUCAGAAUUGAAACAGAUCCAGCAGACAGAACCCAGUUGCGUAUAACACUUGCUUCAGGCGACCCUACAUUAACAUUCGAGUUGAAGGAGUUCAUCAAGGAACAAAUGGUUAGCAUGCCUACGGCUCCUCAGGCACCAGCAGCAGCACCACCAGUGCCUCCUGCAGCUCAACCAACACCACAAGCCCCACAAAUACCAGCGAAUGAUCCUGCCUCUCUACUAGCCGAUUUGCUGUGAUGAAAAUGAAGAUGACUGAAUGCAAAGAUUUGUUCAAUAUGCACUUAUAAACCUUGAUUUUAUACAGCCGGCCCACCCAUUUGCCCUUCAGUGUAUAUGGAAAAAUCAUGAUGCAAGGACUGACGGGAUCACAGAUGAGCUAAAUAUUGUUUCGGCUUAGUGAAGAAGGGGUUGGUCGGGAUUUUGUGAUUCUUUCUGCACAAUCAUAUUGUGCCUUGGUGAGAUUUUUUUUUUUUUAAAAUGUUUUACGGGGGUGAAGGUUUUCUUGUUCUUCAUUUUUUUUUUUUUUUGCCCUUAUUCCAUUUCUUCCCAGUUUUUCGAGAUUGGGUUCUUUAGUACCGAUGUCAUAGCAUGUAAGAUAUGGCAUGAAGUAGGAUCCAUUGUAUCAAUGUAAUUCGUCUGUCAAUCCAAUAUAUUUUUUAAUAAGUUGAAGUAUAGUGGGGGAAGUAUGAGUACGUGGAAUUUGAUCAUAUGCAGUUUAUCAUUUUCACUUUUUUUUUUUGGUGAAAUCAUAUCCAGUUUUGGUUCUUCUGCCCACGUGAAAAAGGGUACCCGACAAUUGAAAUUACCACGCAUCAAAAUCAGUGAGCUCCCAUGUCAUUAUACUUGUCCUCUCUGCGUUACCCAAUUCGAUAAAAAGGUCUGUUCCAGGAACAAGAUUUUGGGCUUAUUCGUAA